CUUGCGGGAAGCCAAUCGAUGUGAGCGCCUGCUGCUACUCCUGCUGCUCCUGCUGCUGCUGGCUGCUGCUGCUGCUACUCCUGCUGGCUGCUGCUGCUGCUGCUGCUCCUGCUGCUGCCCCCGUGGCUCCACAUCGUGGCCCCUUCUGCGGAGACAGCGUAGCCAGGCGAGUGGAGGGAGACUCAGCCGGGUAAUCACCCGCGCACCGCCACACUCCCGUCCACGGCGCGCAUGGGAGGGAGGGUGGGGUGGGGGGUGGCUGCUGCGAGGAGCAUGCGAGUGGGAUGAGCGUCAAGAGAGAGACAGAGAGACAGAGAGAGGGCCGGUCCCCGUCACGAGGCCACGGUGCGUGACGUCAUUUAUGGACGGCCCCUAAGUCCUCAUCAGCUCGGAGGGUCGGAGGUCGGCACUUCACUUCUAUUUGCGACGGGGAAGCCUCACCGAGUCUCACGACUCUUGCGCAAGAGAGCCCUGCGAAGUUUUCGCAGUAGGACGGCGAUGUUGCUGCUGCUGCUGCUGCGUGCGAUGCCAGUCGAGUAACUUACAGGUGCGUGACGGGCGCCGGACGUGGGGGCUGGCGUCACCAUGAGCUGGGCAUUCCUGACGCGUCUGCUGGAGGAGGUGCACCACCACUCCACCUUCGUGGGGAAGCUGUGGCUCACGGCCCUGGUGGUGCUGCGCGUCGUGCUGGCGGCCGUCGGCGGCGAGACCAUCUACUACGACGAGCAGAGCAAGUUCGUGUGCAACACGGGCCAGCCGGGCUGCGAGAACGUCUGCUACGACGCCUUCGCGCCGCUCUCGCACGCCCGCUUCUGGGUGCUCCAGAUCAUCUUCGUGUCCUCGCCCUCGCUCCUCUACCUGGCCUUCGCCGCCCACAAGGUGGCGAAACAGCCGGGCCACGGGCGGUGCCGUCGCGGCAGGGGCCACGGGCAGGGCCGCGGCGCCCGCAGGGGCCUCAUGAUCCACCGAGGGCAGAGCCACUUCCUGGAGGAGGGCGAGAGCAACUUGGAGGAGGAGCCCAUGAUAUUCGACGACGCCGUGGGCCUGCAGAGGCACCGGCCCGACAGGGGGCACCGUCACGACGGGCGGCGGAGGAUCAGGGAGGACGGCCUCAUGGCCAUAUACGUCUUCCAGCUCGUCUCCCGGACCGCGCUGGAGGGCGCCUUCCUCGCGGGCCAGUACUUCCUGUACGGCUUCGAGGUGGCGGCGCGGUUCGCGUGCGGCCGCCCGCCGUGCCCGCACGUGGUCGACUGCUUCGUGUCGCGCCCCACCGAGAAGACCAUCUUUUUGCUCGUCAUGUACGGCGUCAGCUGCCUGUGCCUGGCGCUCAACGUGUGCGAGAUGCUCCACCUGGUCGCGGGCGCUGCCCGCGACGCGCUGGCCAGCAAGGACCGGGGCGUGCAGACCGUGCCGCAGGACCGGCCGCGCGGCUCCCCCGAGCCGGCGUGCGGCUGCGAGUUCGGCGAGGGGACGCCUUCGGCGCCGUCGCUGCUCGAGUACGAGCUGCGGGCGAUUUCCAAGGCCUCGCAGACGUCCGAGGCCAUCGCCGCGGCGGACGGCGCGGCCAAGCGACCCAAUGGCAUCAUCGAGCCGAGGCAGGGUGGCAGCGCCAACGUGCCGGGCGUCUCCCCGCCGCGGAAAAACCUUGCGGAGGGCGGCGGCGGCAUCGGCGGCGGCGGCGGCGUGGGGGGCCGUCCGGGCCUGCCGGUGGCCGGGGCCGAGCCGGCGGCCGCGCCGGGCGUGGACGAGAUGAGGAAUUCGGACAGCGGCGCCGGUUCGAGCGGCACGGCGGACGAGAACGUGGCCGGGGGGGGGUCCAGCGCGAUGGAGCAGAACGUGGCCAACGCCCGGCACGAGCGGACCGCGACGACGCACCAGGCCCCCUCCGAGUCGGACAAGGGCAGCACUGGCGGAAAGCAGAACGGCGCCCGGCUUGCCGUGUGGAUAUGACGUCACUUUCGUCCCGCUGCCGCUACCGUUGUCGAUCGCAGGGCGCGGACGCGCCGACGGAGGGGUGGCCCCCUGUGCGGCGCCAAUUUGGCGAGCGCUCGCCGGCCGAGGGCCCGGCUCCUCGGCCGGCGAGCGCGGGCUGCGGGCGUGUCGGGUGGGACAGAGCGGCGCCGACCGCGACAGGCGGCGCCAUGAGGCGGCUUUAGACGCGACGGCUUCGCGAAACGCGAAAGAGCCACGCGGUGCAGCUGAACGAUGAAGGGACACCCGCCGCGUCGAGUGGCGGGGAGGUGCUGGGGCAGCAUGCACCGCUAACGUUCGCCAUCGGCAGGGGGAAGGAUAGCACGCAGCGGGCUCGCGAUUCGCGCGUCAAUCCGGCGGCGCAGAGUUCGUCAACUUUCCGCUAAAAAUUCCCCCUCGCUGGUUGUCGCAAAGCCCCACUUGUAAAGUGUGCUUGCACCCACCCAGACGAUCCCGUCACGAUCGUUUGUUGCCCUUCCCUCGCGCCACCGAUUGGCACGGUUGGCCACGUACGGUGCGAAAGAAGCCCCUACGGACGUACGGACACACGACAAAGGCGGCCAACCGAAAUCUCCGCGGCCCUUGCGCUGAACGCGAGGAUGGUUUCUCCGAAUCGCCGGCCCGCUGUGCGUUUGACCACAACGGCCAUUUUUGCGCGACAAGCCUACCCUGCCACGCAGAUAAAAGAAAAAAAAGAGAUGUCUAUAGACAACGCAUUUAAACGUCCAAUAAGCCUGAAUGCAAUAAAGCCAUGUGUACAUAUGUG